AUGGGCCAGUUCCAUCAUGGAGGCCUCGGAGGCUGCAUAUCCGUGACAGUGAAGACAGUCAAGUUCGAGGACUUGAGAGUGGGACAAUAUUUUUGUAAAGAUACUGAAAUAAAUGAUGCCACUCAAGAACCUGUUAACUGUACAAAUUACACAGCAUGUUACCCAGCACCCAACAUCACUUGUAAGGAUUUUAGCAGCAAUGAAACCUGUUUUCCUGGAAGUGAAGUUGGUUUUUUUAAGACCAUACCUUGCCGUAAUAUAAACAGUUGUUCCCACCGGGUGGCAGCCGCUCUCUCCUUAUUCCUUGGCUGGUUAGGAGCAGACAGGUUUUACCUGGGAUACCCUGCUUUAGGUCUGUUAAAAUUUUGCACUGUUGGAUUUUGUGGAAUUGGCAGUCUGGUUGACUUCAUUCUCAUUUCAAUGCAGAUUGUUGGUCCUUCUGACAGCACUAGUCACAUUAUAGAUUAUUAUGGAACAAGACUCACAAGAUUGAGCAUCCCCAAUGAAAUGUUUAGAAAAACACACAAGUACCGUAGAUGUUUAGAAAACAGUUUGGUGGUUUUGUGUCUGUCUCCUUGA